AAUUAAAUAAAAUGCCAAAAGUUUCUAACAGUAAUAAACUUGAGCUCGAAAAUAAUCGACAUAAAACAAUUCUUGCGGCGCUUAAUGAGCAUAAAAAUUCUACUACUAGUCUUAAACGCCCCAGUGUAAAUGGUAUAGCAAAUGCCUAUGAAAUUCCUAGAACCACUCUUCGCCAUGCUAUAAAAAAUAAUGAUCCUCCUAAACGCCGGGGCCCACCUACCGUUUUAACUGAACAAGAAGAAAAUCAACUUGUCGGGUAUUGCAUUAAUAUGCAAAAGCUCAGAUUUGGUUUAACCCGGUCUGGUGUCAACCAUUGUAUUAUGGAAAUAAUGUGGGGUAACAAAAGGCCACACCCAUUUGGUGACAAGGGGCCGGGCCGAGAUUGGUGGAGACGCUUUAUAAAAGAUCAUACUGAGCUUUCAUUUCACGUUUCCCAAGAGUUGUCAGAAGCUCGAGCACAAAAAGCAAAUCCAGUUGUU